CCCCGACGGAGGCGCAACAGCUAAGCAGAGUUGCCCGAGCGGACUUGCACAGAAGCUCCUGUCCGGUAGCGACGUUUUUGGAUGCGGUUCCCUCAUGUCCCUCCUCCCGACCUGAUCCCGUCCGCGUGGGGUGGGAGUACAUCAAGCCCAGAUAGAGAGAAAGAGAGAGAGCGCGCCAGAUGCGCCCGCGGUCAGAUGCUGAAGUCCAAUAAGGCAGUCAUUGGAAUAACGGGACGCGAGUGAGGACCGAACGACAAAAGGCACUACUGAGCAGGAUGGUGCCGGCAGAAUGGGGGCUCGAGGAGCCCACCGCGGUGUAAGUGAGGAACACAAAGCUCUGCAACGGUGAUCACUGCUUGAGCCAGCCAUCUAUCCAUCCAUCCUGAGGGUCUCUAUUCAUGUUAGAAAAGCUUGGCUCCUGACAAUGGAUUACUUGCUGUGGGUGUGCAGCCUCCUCGUGCCAAUGGUGCUGGCUGUUGAAGAAACCCUCAUGGACAGUCGGUGGGCGACCACAGAGCUGGCCUGGACUACAUACCCAGAAAGUGGGUGGGAGGAAGUGAGCGGCUACGACGACUCCAUGAGCCCCAUCCGAACCUACCAGGUGUGUAAUGUCCGGCAGCCCAACCAGAACAAUUGGCUGAGGACGGACUAUAUCCCACGCAGGGGUGUGCUGCGCGUCUACGUGGAGCUCAAGUUCUCGGUGCGCGACUGCGCCAGCAUCCCCAACAUCCCCGGCUCUUGCAAAGAGACUUUUAAUCUUUUUUACUACGAAUCGGAUGGGGACGCGGCCUCCGACGGCGGCCCCCUUUGGAGGGAGAACCCUUACGUCAAAGUGGACACCAUCGCCCCCGAUGAGAGUUUCUCCCUCCUGGAGGCCGGCAGGAUCAACAGCAAAGUGCGCAGCUUCGGACCCCUGUCCAAGUCGGGUUUUUUCUUGGCCUUCCAGGACCUGGGGGCCUGCAUGUCGCUCAUCUCCGUACGGGUCUUCUUCAAAAAGUGCUCCACCACCAUCGCCAAUUUCGCCGUCUUCCCCGAGACGGCCACGGGCGCCGAAGCCACCUCUUUGGUCAUCGCUCCGGGGGCUUGCGUGUCCAACGCCAUGGAAAUGUCGGUCCCGCUUAAGCUCUACUGUAACGGGGACGGAGAGUGGAUGGUACCGGUGGGCGCCUGCACCUGCGUCGCCGGUUACGAACCCGCCGCCGAUCGCACCCAGUGCCAAGCUUGCAUCCCGGGGACGUUCAAAUCCAAAUUUGGGGACGGAUCCUGCGCAGCGUGCCCGUCCAACAGUCGCAGCGGUGCCCGGGGGGCCAAUCUUUGUCCUUGCCAAAGUGGCUACUACCGCGCUGACAGCGACCCACCUGACACAUCCUGCACUACUAUCCCGUCAGCCCCUCGCAACUUAAUCUCCAGCGUGAACGAGACGUCGCUGUCCCUGGAAUGGGAAGAACCAGAGGACGGCGGCGGUCGGGACGACCUGGUCUACAACGUGGUGUGCAAGAAAUGCUUGCGCGAGCGCAGCCCGUGCACGCGCUGCGACGACAAUGUGGACGUCUCGCCGAGGAGGCUGGGCUUGAGGCAGCGGAAGGUGGUGGUCAGGAACCUGCAGGCUCACACCCGCUACAGCUUCGAGGUGCAGGCGGUCAACGGUGUCUCCGGGAAGAACCCCGCCAGCCCGCGCUACUCCACCGUCAACAUCACCACAAAUCAGGCCGCACCAUCGGCCGUCCCGACGGUCCAUCUGAUGCGAUCCACCGCCGACACGCUGAGCCUAUCGUGGCUGCCGCCGGAGAAACCCAACGGCGUCAUUCUGGACUACGAGAUUAAAUACCACGAAAGGGGCCAGUCCAUGUCGCACACCGUAACGUCCCAGCACAGCUCGGCCAAGGUGGAGGGGCUGAGGGCCGCCACGCCCUACGUGGUGCAGGUCCGAGCUCGCACCGUGGCGGGAUACGGUCGAUACAGCAACCCCAUGGACAUCAGCACCAGCCUGCACAGUGAUCCACAGAAGUCUGUGCAAGACCAGCUACCCCUCAUCAUAGGUUCCGCUUCUGCCGGAUUGGUGGUCAUCGUUGCCUUAGUGGUCAUUGCCGUUGUCUGCCUGAAGAAGCAGCGCAGCGGCUCGGAGCUGGAGUACACCGAGAAACUGCAGCAAUACAUUUCCCCAGGCGUCAAAGUGUACAUCGACCCGUUCACUUACGAGGACCCCAACGACGCCAUCCACGAGUUCGCCAAGGAAAUCGACAUCUCCUGCAUAAAGAUUGAAGAAGUCAUCGGCGCGGGCGAGUUUGGCGAGGUGUGUCGAGGGCGGCUGAAGCAGGCCGGCCGCAGGGAGAUGGUGGUGGCCAUCAAGACCCUGAAAGCGGGCUACACGGAGCGCCAGAGGCGGGACUUCCUGGCCGAGGCCUCCAUCAUGGGCCAGUUCGACCAUCCCAACGUCAUCAGGCUGGAGGGCGUGCUGACGCGCAGCUGCCCCGUUCUCAUCAUCACCGAAUUCAUGGAGAACGGCGCGCUCGAUUCUUUUCUGAGGCUGAAUGACGGGCGCUUCACGGUGACUCAGCUGGUGGGGAUGCUGCGCGGCAUCGCGGCGGGGAUGAAGUACCUGUCGGAUAUGAACUACGUGCACAGAGACCUGGCCGCCCGCAAUAUCCUGGUCAACAGCAACCUGGUGUGCAAGGUCUCCGACUUCGGUCUGUCACGCUUUCUGGAUGACACUUCUGCUGACCCCACUUAUACCAGCUCCUUGGGGGGGAAAAUCCCCAUCAGGUGGACAGCGCCGGAGGCCAUCGCCUUCAGGAAGUUCACCUCUGCCAGCGACGUGUGGAGCUACGGCAUCGUUAUGUGGGAAGUGGUGUCGUACGGCGAGAGGCCGUACUGGGACAUGAGCAACCAGGACGUGAUGACUGCCGUCGAGCAGGACUACCGUCUUCCCCCGCCUAUGGACUGCCCCAUGGUGCUUCACCAGCUGAUGUUGGAGUGUUGGAUGAAGGAGCGCAACCUGAGGCCCAAGUUCUCACGUAUCGUCAACACCUUGGACAAGCUGCUGCGGAACGCCGGCAGCCUCAAAGUGGUGACCAGCACGUACUCAGGGGACCUGCUGAGGCUCGGAGGGACGCUGCCGGGGCACAACAGGAAAAGUCCGGACAACGGCGAAGAAAUCGUGCGCCAACAAAUGAGCCAGACGCUCCCCAUCAGAGUGUGAGCCGCCGAAUAAACUACCUAGAAAACUCUGGACGCCAAGAGUAAGAUGUAAAAUAAAGAAGAUGAAAAGAAGCCAGCUCCCGCUGCACAGGAAGGACCGCUGGGAUUAUUUUGCGCCGGCGCCGGCCGGCUGGGAGACUUUGCGUUAAAAGACAACGUUCCAUUGCGCUCCGCUCUGUGUGUGCGUGCGUGCGAGUUCUCCAUUUGUACUUUUGUGACUGUUGACAUCAAGCCAAACUUCUUCAGGUUGUGUUUGCAUGUCUGCAUGUGUUUUCUGCUGCUCGGGAGCCAAUUGGGCUUCCAGCGCACUCAAACUAGAAUGAAGAUCUGUCUGGCGAAGGAUCCCACAGUGCCAAGAUUUAAAGACAGCUGUAGUAGUUUUUUUUUUUUUUUUCUUCUUCAAUCAGUGUAUCGUUGGUUCACCCCGUAUUUAAUUGUUUGCCACAUUUGGCGUUUAAUCAUCCUUCUGUUGUGAAUUGAAAUGAGUUGGCUAAACCCUAAGCCUUUUACACGAGUAGACGUCCAAUCCAUUCAGAACUGGGAGGCUGGCAGACAAUGAACGUUUGUACGUUCAUUAGGUGCUAGCUUCCCACUUCAACUAGAAAGUAGUGUUGACUGCUUGGUAUCGGCCAAUACUGAUAGUGGACUAACACGUUUUUAGUAUAUAUAUACAGUGGGGCAAAUAAGUAUUUAGUCAACCACUAAUUGUGCAAGUUCUCCCACUUGAAAAUAUU